AAGUAGUGAUUUUUUUAAAAAAAAUACUAAAUAAUUAACACUUUAGACACAAUUGUCAAGAAAACUAAUUAUUAUAAAGGAUUUAUUACCAAAACCCUCAUAUACAAAAAAGUUUAAAUAAAACAAACAAACAUGAUUUCACGUCGCAAAAUCAUUUCACGUUCUUUGGAUAAUUUGGAUGCCAUUGGUCCCAACACCGAAGAAGAGGAGGAUGUUUGGUAUGACAAGGAGAAACUAUUUCGAGAUCAUUUAGAAGAGGUCAUGGCAAAAUGGGAACAAAUUGAUGAUGAGAUUUGGGCGAAAAUUAUUGUGUUCGAGAAGAAUCGUCGUGUAGCCAAAGCUUAUGCCAGAUCAUCGGUCAUAUCGAUAAAUGGUUCAAAGCAAGGUUUUGAUGGUGUAAGAAUUGGUUUGAAUGGUUUCGACAAUCCUAAGCGUGAUUCAGAAACAAAAGUCAUUAAAAAAUCCAUUGGUGAUGGUUUCAAAAUCAAAAUGGAUGAUAUUGGUAAUGUAUUCGUAAAACGUUAUGGCAAAACUGGUGUCUAUAUACACAAUACAAGUCAAACAAAUGAGGAAACAGUAAUCGGGGGAGAUAUUUUACAAUUGCCAAAUAUGGGACUGACUACGGGCACGUCGGCAAAGCUUUUCGAUAUGCGUAAAUUUACAACGAAUAUAAAUCGCGAAUUUUCCCGCUCUUAUCCGGAAAGCUCACGCCUGGAGCGCCAAUGUUUGUCUGCCAUAUCGUUGGUGAAAACCAAUAACAAUCUACUCAAUUGUCCGCUGUGGAUAAUGGUCAUAAAUGUAGUAGCCAUUGAUAUGUACAAGAAUCGUUUACAGACUUUGCCAAAAUCUCUAGAUGCCAUGGGUACACGCUUGCCAUUGAGUGCCGGUCAUGUGGCUGGCAGUGAGGAUCCAUACUCAACAAUCGAAAGUCAGGUUGGUUUGAUAUACCCAACACCAGCCGCCUCAGAUGAUUCGAAUAAUUCAUCGAAUUCAUCCAGUAAGGGAAGACGCAGUGUCUACAAUAUGCAAAAUUACAUCGACGAAAGUCCGUAUAUGCCAAAGCCUGAUUACGAUAUUUAUAAUCAAGCUGUACCCAUGUUGACCAGUAAAAAGAGUAAAUCUUCACAAAAUCGCAAGAAACAAGAUGAUCCCUAUUAUUGUGGUCUUUUGGCACGCAUACCCAAUUUUAUUAAGACCUCGAAGCCAAGCGAUAGUAAAAAAAUGAGUAAAAAGGAGGCCAAAAUUGCUCGUAAAAUAUCUGCUUCCCAACAACAAUUGUUGCAAGUGCCACCACAAUCGGCGCAUCCCAUUCCCAUAGCCACAUUUCAUCAACAAUAUCAACCAUUCCACGCCUAUUAUCCCUAUAAAUUGUACCCACAAAAUCAUCGUCUCUCACAAUCUCAAUUAUCACUGUGGGAUGCUCGUAGUUUAAUUAGUGCCCAUGAAUAAGCAUAUAACUUUUCCCCAGUUGUUUUAAUUUCUUGGAAAACUUUUGACUUAUUUAUUACUAUUAUUUUGUGUUAUUUAUAAUAAUUUUAAUUUAACUUCUUUUCCACUUGCAAUUUUUAUUUUAUAAAUGAAAUUUUUAUUAUUUUUCUAAAAAAGUUGUUUUAGCGCAGCUUUAUUUUUAUGUGAUUUUAUGUUUUGUGUUAAGCAGUUGGAAAAAACCUAAAGCCACCCAACUCAGACUUUAAAAGAGUGCGCUUUCGAUAAUAUACUCUAUUUGAUAUAAUAUUAUUUUACUCUUCCUUAAAAGCGAAAAAAAAUACUCGUCAUUAUUAUAUUUUUUUAUUAAAUAUACAAUUUUUAAGUCAUACAUAUUUUAAGAAAAUUUUCUAUUUUGCCAUAGAUAUUUUUCGUAUAUAAUUAAUUUUUUAAGACUGAAACAUGUCCUUUUUUAAUAUACAUGAGCAAAAUGUGAGAAAAAGCAAUAAAGAAAAGUUUAUUAAAAUAAUAACAUAAUGAUAAUUUGUUAUACGAAUAUAGCCUUUUUUGUUUUAUGUGUAAAUAUUUAAAAAGAAGAUGUCAAUGUAAAUAAUUUAAGUAUGAUAUAAAUAUAUAAAAUACUAUCAAUAUACAAAAAUAAUUAAAAUUUUUAUAUGUUUAAUUUAAGCCAAUAUCGAUAAAUUUAUUAUAUAUAAUUUAUAAUGAAAA